UUAAAUGACGCUCAACCCCAAAGAAAAGAUACAGUAGUGCUUCAGAUUGCAGUAACCUUGAUGAAAUUCCGGCAUAUGUACUAAGUGGUAGCAAACAUUGUUGCCUAUUUUUCCAACUACUUGAGAAUCUUGUGUUUGGUUGCUGGGAAGUUGCCGUGUCCACGUUCUAAGUUGGAAUUGGAUGGUGAACUGUGGAAAGGCUGGUAUAGCUUAAGACACCCAAGUUCUGAAUUAGAUUGGGAAGCCGCAGGGUGUUGAAGCCACACUCAACAUGGAGCAGAGGGCACUGAAGAAGCUGGUGGAAUCCAUCAGUAAAACAGUCAAGAGCUUCAAAAAAAGUGAAGUAGAGUGUCUCAUAGGCCUUUAUCACAGCUUGGUGAGAAGAAAUGGAAGAUUUGGUAACAAAGGGCUAGACCGUAACACAUUUCGAGGGAUCCUGUUCAACAUAUUUGGAAUGACUGAUGAUAUGCUGAUGAACAGGGUGUUUUUUGCAUUUGAUAAAGACAAUGAUAAUUACAUAAGUGCAGCAGAAUGGGUUGAAGGAUUAACAGUAUUUCUUCGAGGGACUCUUGAAGAAAAGCUGAAAUUCUGUUUUGAAGUUUACUAUUUGGAUGGAGAUGGUUAUAUUUCUCGAGAAGAAGUAUUUGACUUAUUGAAGAACAGUCUCUAUCAACAGUCACCAGAAGAAGAGAAUGAUGAAGGAAUAAAGGAGUUGGUAGAUAUAACACUGAAGAAAAUGGAUUAUGACAAUGAUGGCAAGAUAUCUUUUGCAGACUUUGAAAAAGCAGUGAGAGAAGACACACUUCUGUUGGAGGUGUUGGCCCAUGCUUGCCAGAAGCAAAGAAUUGUUUUCAUUUUGAAGCCCUAG